GGAGAUCCGAUCCUUGUCCAAGAGCCGACCCCAGUCUCUGCUCUGAUCCCAGGCAUGGGGGAAAUCAAUGUGCCGAAGACUAACCUUGCUUAACAGUUGUUACCCCGGCCGGCCGUGAGAAUCUCUAGCACACAGAUCGAACAUCAAUCUCAAGAAAGGUACCACCCACUGUGGCAACAACAGAUACCAUGGCGACCCAAGGAACCGCAAAGCUCGACGCGAGCUUGUUGACGAAAACCCUGAACAGCGACCCAAGGCCGUUGCCUUCACCGGGUUCUGCUGAAGUGCGACUGUUGGACUAUCACACUGACCACAUGAUCAUUGCGUCUUGGAAUGUGAGCACGGGCUGGUCUUCUCCCUCGCUGCAGCCAUAUGGACCGAUUCCGCUUGCGCCAUCCGCGUCCGCAUUACAUUACGCAACAGAAUGUUUCGAAGGAUUGAAACUGUUCCGUGGCCCAGAUGGACGGCUGCGACUUUUCCGGCCCAUUGAGAACUGUGAGCGCAUGCGGAGCUCGGCUGCCAGAGUUGCAUUGCCGGAUUUCAAUGCUUCUGAGCUAGAGAAGCUCAUUGUCGCUCUGUGCUCUCAUGAGGCACCGAAGUGGUUACCCAAAGAUCAAGGAGAUGGAUCGUUGUACAUCAGACCGACUCUCGUUGGAACUGAUACAGCCCUCGCUACUUCGCGACCUCGCUCAGCUAUACUUUUCAUCUUUUUGACUGUGUUCCCUAAGAUCACGAGCUCAAUAACUGGCCCAGAAGCACAGCCAAAACCGGCGGAAGUGCCACGCAAAAGGUUGAUGAAACUCCUCGCAUCCGACAAGGACCAGAUUCGUGCUUGGCCUGGAGGAUAUGGAAACACAAAGGUUGGCGCUAACUAUGGUCCCACGCUGCAUCUUCAAGACCAAGCAAAGGCUCGCGGAUAUGAUCAGAUUCUUUGGCUGUUUGGAUCUGAGAGGUUCGUGACCGAGGCUGGUGCAAGCAAUUUCUUUGUCGUGCUACGAGUCAAUGAUAGGAAGUGGCAACUAGUCACUGCUCCCGUGGAAGACGGUCUCAUCCUUCCUGGAAUUACGCGAGCAAGCAUCUUGCAGUUGGCUCGCGAAAGGUUGCAACCCGCAGUGGGUGAUGCCAUUCAGAUAGAUGUCGUUGAAAGACAAUUGACGAUGAGCGAAUUGUUCACUGCACAUGGGCAGGGAAACGUUAUCGAAGCUUUUGUCUCGGGGACUGCGCUUUUCAUCACGCCUGUCGGCGUGAUCUGCGCGGAUGACCAAGAUCUUGAGAUCAAUAGUGAUCCUGUUGAUGGAUUCUUAUGCUCUCAAAUCAUCAGAAGUGGCUUGAUUGGUAUCUUGAGCGGGAAGGAAGACCAUGAUUGGGCGUUGCCAUUAGCUGAGGACUAGAUGUGUUGCGAGCGCCGACGUUACCAGUUUGGAAGAGUUAUCAAGCAUUUCCGUCCUUUCGGAGAGCUCACGAAGAAAUAAUCCGGAGUCAUAUCCUCAGGCGACAUGGCUUUUGAUAGUCU